AUGUCUACGAUCUCGUUGCCAUUCAGUCAAACUAUCGCCUCUGUGGCUUGCGCUGGCUUGCUGUGUCACCUGCUCUUCAAUCGCCUGGAGCCGCGGCGUCUUGCUUCGUUCUUCGCCCUGUUGAUACUACCACCCGUUGUGCUGGUGUAUGGGCUUCAGGUGCCACGACAUGUGGGAGGAGGCUUGUGGGCUGCUGUCGCGGCGACGUCCGGCGUCUACUACGCGUCGCUCCUGGCUUCGCUGCUGACGUAUCGCCUAUCUCCGCUGCAUCCACUGGCACGUUACCCGGGCCCGCUUCUCUGCAAGAUGUCCAAGAUAUGGCUCACGGCGGUGUCCAUGCGCGGCAAGCAGCACAUCUACUACUCUGAUUUGCACCAGAAGUAUGGGGAUAUUGUCCGUGUCGGUCCGAACGAGCUUUCUUUCAGACACGUCGAUGCUAUCCAACCGAUGAUGGGCACUCAGGAAGGGCUUCCGAAAUCGGAAUGGUGGGAUGGCCGAAUGCCGGAGAACCCCAAGUUUCGGCCGAUAUCGGGAUUGCGGGAUCCUGAGGAGCACGCUCGUCGGCGCCGCUCGUGGAAUCGGGCACUCAGCACGUCCAUGCUCAGAGAGUACGAGAGCCUGGUCGAAGGCCGCGUGGCACAGAUUGUCGAGAUGAUUGCGACUAAGAAAGGCCAACCGCUCGAUUUGUCCAAAUGGUUUGGCUGGUUCGCAUACGAUGUCAUGAACGAUGUUAUGUUCAGCACCGGCGGGAACGCCCUGGCCACGGAAGACAAAGAUGAAAUACUAGAAAUCAUAGCCAACUGUCAACCUACCGCAUUGUUUCUGAGCCAUUUGCCCUGGGCUGCAGUAUUCUAUCGAUGGAUCCCUGGCGUGGGUGGACCACUGCGGAGAUAUCGAAAAUAUGCUGUUCACAGGGCAACCCAACGAAAACUUGAUGGGUCGAUCCGCAAAGACGUUUUCUAUCAUCUGAUCGACGAGCCAGGUCUGGAAACGAAGCCUGUGUCGCUUGCCCAAGUCAUCGUCGACGGAUCACCUGCAAUCAUUGCUGGGGCGGAGACGACCUCGACCACCCUGUGCAACAUUUUUUGGUUGCUGCUCAAGCAUCCACAAACCUUAGCCCGGCUGCGGGAGGAAAUCGAUGACCCACAGUGGAACAUCACCGAAACGGCCGUUCAAGCGCGGAUGCCCUACCUGAAUGCUGUGAUAAACGAAGUCCUUCGUCUCUAUCCAGCGGUCAUGAGCGGAAGCCAACGGGCACCGCUGAUCGGCAGCGGCGGACAAGCGGUGGGGUCCCAUUUCAUACCGGAGGGAACCACCACCGCCGUUCAUACGUAUGCAGUCCAGCACGAUCCGAGGAACUUCUCACCCUUCGCCGACGUGUUCAUCCCUGAGCGCUGGUUGCCGACCGAAGAUCAGCUCAAGCUUGAGCCUGUUCUGUUCGGGAGCCAUGAAGUGAUCCACAACACUGCGGCGUUUAUUCCGUUCUCCAUCGGGCCGGCGAACUGUGUCGGUCGGAACUUGGCAUAUCAGGAAAUGAGGAUGCUGGUCUGUGCUUUGAUCAGCAAGUUUGAUAUGCAAUUCGAGGAGGGAUUCGACCUGAUCACUUGGGAGCGAGAUAUGAUGGAUUAUUUCAUUGUUUGGCGGGGCCGGUUGCCUGUCGUUUUCACCUCGCGCUGAGAGCUUGAUAUAUUCAGCGAGUCCCUCGAAUCAACGCGCAUAACUGUUCAGCCUUGUAGAUGUACAAAUGCUAUAUGCUUCACUUUCUUGCAAAAAAAAUGAUAUGUGAAGUUGAAAACUCACAACUGAAGGUUGAAAAUGUUCACAGCUGAUUGACGACAAACGUUGCACGAUGAGUGACAUGAACUUGAACCAGAAGGUUGAUAGCUUCCUACUGACAGGACUGCAUUUGAACAUGAGAAGAAUAAUCAACCGGGAUCCUCUCCUUGUCUUGCGCCUUGCUUGUAGAACCCCUUCGCGGAACACUCAAUUCUGAUGUUCAAACUCCUGAGCCAAUCUUGGCAAUGCCAGUUACUAAAGCCUCGAGGAACAUGCAUCUUGACGCGCGGCGACCGUAUCAAAGCGAGAAACGUCACAAGUAGUGUAAUUUGCUAGUCCAUCUGAGGACAAACAUACCACGCUUCGGCGAAUGUUGCGGAAGGCUGAGCGCCGGGUCCCCAGUCGAAUGCAAAUGACCGUGUUGUUGGCGAGUUCUUCUCAUAAUGGCUUAGCCCCGGCAUUUUCAAGGAGAGUCAGGAACGACAUCAUAAUAGACCAAGACCGUUGCCAGCUCUGUUUCCAAUGCGAUACUCCAAUAUUGCAAACACAAGCGCGUCGCGGGGAGGGGUAGUUUUGAGCCGGCAACUUCCUUCGCCGUCGCAGGGACUAAAGCAAUGCUUUUGGCUAGUUCCUUGUCGAUAUGGACGAAAUGAAGUCAUGGUCUCAAGCUAGAACAAGGCCAGA